AUGAACAUUUAAUAUUCUUUCUUGCCCAACUAUCAGUUCUAAAGGAUAAUAGGACAUGGAACUUUCGGAUAUGUGUUUGAAGCAUAUGAUAGAACCAAUGACAAAAAAGUUGCUAUCAAGAGAAUCUAAAAAAUUUCUAAACAAUUAAGUCGAGAAUAUGAAAUACUACUCUUACUCAAAGGGUCUCCAAACAUCAUUCAAAUAGAAGACAUAUAUUUGUCUUAAACCGACGAAGGAAUAAAUGUUCAAAAUAUCAUCUUUGAAUAUAAGGAUUUCUCCUUGGAAAAUAUUUUGGCUUAGGCAAUAAGGAACAGAUAGUUCUUACAACCAAAUCAAAUCAAAAGUCUAAUGAGAUAAAUCAUAAUAGGAUUGUGUAGUUUAUCAGCUAAAGAUGUAGUUCAUAGAGAUCUUAAACCUGAAAAUAUUCUAGUUGACAAGGAUGGCAAUUUGGUCCUAUGUGAUUUUGGGAGUGCAAAGGUCAUUGAUCAACGUGGAAUGAAUACUUCCUAUGUGGUAUCCCAAUACUACAGGGCUCCCGAACUUAUCCUAUCCCACACCAAUUAUGGAGCUGAAAUUGACAUCUGGGCUGCUGGGUGCAUUUUUUCAGAGAUGAUGGACUUAAAAGUGUUGUUCGAAGGAAAGAAUGAAGGAGAUUAGCUCUAUUGUAUCUUUUAAACCUUGGGAAGUCUAAAAGAUAUUGAGAUGAUAUAUCUAUUCCAACAUUAGUCUUAUAAUUAAGAGAUACAAAAGAGAUUCAAGGGAUACGAGUAGAAGGAUAUGAAGUUUUGGUUGAACAAGUUCUCCCAUAUUCCUAAUAAUGAACUUGCGAUUGAUCUCCUUUUGAAAAUGCUUCAGAUCAAUCCUAGGAGAAGAAUAACGGCAAAGGAGGCUUUGUAACAUCCUUACUUUCAGGCUUGAGCAAUAUAUGUAUGUGUGUGCAAUUACUGAUAUUUAAUAUAAUA